AAAAUUGACGACAAUUACUAUAUAGCGCACAUUGAACGUAAAGUUUUGAUCAUAAAGAUGAUAUCAAUUACAUUAGAUAUUUGACAUAUUACGGAAAAGCUAUGUUAAAAAGUCAUCAAAGUGACAUGUAUGCACGAUUGAUCCACCACCAUCUUCAUCAUUCCAUCUUCGAUAGAGUUUGUGAUAAGUGUUUGGACCUGCGGAAUACUGUGAACCUGUAGUUGGAUAUAUGAUUCAACUCAUGGACCACCUCUUUUUAUGCAAAAAUGUGUUUACGGGUUUUAAUUUUAGAUUUUCUUAUCUGUUUUGUGAAUUACGAUCAUCCAUUUUUCAUGUUUAUAACAGAGAGGCAGCCGAGAAUGAACAGAGAGGCAGUAUUUUGACAGAGAGGCCACCGAUAUGCAUCUACACCGUGAAAUCGUGUUUACGUUGUGAAUUUAACAUUGACAGAUGUGACAUAUUUAUUAAAAAAUGUUUUAAGCUCGGGCGGAUAAACAGAAAUAGUUUAAACCAGCGUAGACUAGUAUUCUAGCCGUAUAUGUAUCUAUAUAUACCAGUAUUCCUUCGUAUGUGAUAGUGCGUUAUAACGUACAGAUAGAUGACGUUGAAAUUAUACCUUAACAAUGUUUUCAUUAUUGGUCGGUACUGUGUUUGCUUGCGUUUUGGGGAUGUGUGAAGGUGGGGAUGUGUUGGGCUGUACAUGCACAGUAAAGUCUACUAACUUGGAAUUAGGUUGUAAGUCAGAUUUCAUAUUUAAGACCCAAGUCAUAAGUGGAAUCAAAAACGAUUCAAUCGGUUUAUACUAUGACAUUAAGAAACCAAGCUAUGGAAACAUUUACAAGUUUAACUUUAAGGCCGACGUAUCAAAAGCUAACGAGGAAAAAAUAUACACGGCUGCAAUCAACUCAUGUGGCGUCCGUUUAACGAAAGGGACAUACGUUCUAUCAGGUAGUGUUGACUACAAACGAAACAAAAACAUGGGAAUCGGUGAGUGUUCCUCGUGGGUGGAGAGACUUCCAAUAAGCAAAGAGUCCAAUAUAUUGCUGAACAAGUUUAAACAAGAAACCGUUGUGUGUCCUGUGUAAAUUGAAGCUUCAAUAGACGCAUACACGUCGUCAUAAUGCAGUGCAUUUUAAAUCGCUAAGCACUAUUAAACAGCGGAAAUACAUGUACUAGUAAAACCGUUUGUUGUGACUACUAUGUUACUGAAAAUAAAACAUGAACAUCUACUACAUAGUCAAUGAAAUAACAUUAUUUCUGUAGACACAUAUGCAUAAGUGAACGUAUUAAACACUCAUAUUCUCUCUCACUUUUUGUUCGGGAUAUGACAAAAAUGAGCAGAUCAUGUUGUUGAUUUGUGUAUGAAUUCCAUUAUCUUUGACAUUGUUUUAAAAAUGAAUGUAAAAUAAAUUA